UUUUUAAUCAGCUAGAAGUUUCGUGUUCUGAUUCGCAACGCCCACUGCGGCUUGCUGGCUGCCUCUAGUUGUGCUGGCUACGUAUGUACUGAACGCGCUAUGCGCAACUGCAAUUAUCUGCAACUCGAAAGCCGACGGACUGCUUACGUAAAGUUCCAACUUUCCUAACGCGGCUCGGACCUCCGCGAUCGAUAUGGCUUGAGUUUUCGAAGGGCAAAACCGAGUCACAAAAAAAGCCUCUUCUUCCCUAACAGUCAUCAUGACCAGCCCCAUUCCUUCGCCUACCCCUCAAGGUGCCGUUGCAGGCGGCGUCAGUACACCUUCCAUCGCUCCUACUCGUUCUACUGCUCAGCGCGAUGGCGCAGCAAGCUCUACUCUGGGCACUUUCGGCGUAAAAUCCGGGCUUGCACAGAUGCUCAAAGUGAGGGUCAUUAUGGAUGUUGUGAACCCCGAACAGGCGCGUAUUGCCGAAGAAGCUGGAGCAUGUGCUGUUAUGGCUCUUGAACGAGUUCCUGCUGAUAUUCGGGCAGAAGGAGGUGUUGCCAGAAUGAGUGACCCGGCGAUGAUCAAGGAAAUCGUUGACGCAGUCACUAUCCCAGUCAUGGCUAAAUGUCGGAUUGGUCAUUUUGUAGAGGCCCAGAUUUUACAAGCUAUUGGCGUUGACUAUAUCGAUGAAUCGGAAGUCCUCACUCCAGCUGACGAGGAACAUCACAUCAACAAGCACAACUUCAAAGUUCCUUUCGUAUGUGGUGCUCGUAACCUCGGCGAAGCGCUGCGCCGUAUCUCAGAGGGUGCAGCGUUCAUACGUACAAAAGGCGAAGCAGGAACCGGAAAUGUAGUGGAAGCUGUCCGCCACGAACGCACUGUUAAUAGCGAGAUCCGAAAAGCUAGUGCGAUGAACGAGGAGGAACUAUACGCUUAUGCUAAGGAUAUCCAAGCUCCAUUCCAUCUUCUCAAGGAGACUGCGAGGCUUAAACGCCUUCCUGUCGUUAACUUCGCUGCUGGAGGGAUUGCUACGCCCGCUGACGCUGCGUUGAUGAUGCAACUCGGAUGCGAUGGAGUAUUCGUGGGAUCAGGAAUCUACAAAUCUCAGGAUGCUGCCAAGCGUGCUCGUGCAAUUGUUCAAGCGGUGACACAUUACAACAACCCCAAAAUCCUGGCAGAGGUUUCGGAAAACCUGGGCCCAGCAAUGGUAGGACUCACAAUAGACGACAGUCUCACCGGUGGACGACUUGCUACCCGUGGAUGGUAGAUUGUUAUAGAGAACUAUAUAGGCUCAAACAACACUGCGAUUUUAUUACUACUUUAUAAAGGUUGUUCUGCAAUUGUACACAGGAAGUUGAAGCGCUGCUACGUAGGCGCUGCUCCAGUAGCUGUAAGUGGCUGUGCGAUAUGGAUCAUAUGAUUAUGAUGUCACGGACAUUUUAUUAUUUUCUCUUUCUCCUCGAUGUUCACAAAUCC